GACAAAGGUAUAUAAAGUGAACAUCUGGGCUCAAAUAGUCAGUCAGAAGGUUCUUGAGACCAUAACAGACACAUUGAAAAUUUAUCAAAAUGUUCAAACUUUUCGUUUUCGCUGCUAUCGUUGCUGUUGCAACUGCAACCCCAGGAUACUUGACAUCUCCAUUGAUCAGCACCUUGAUUGGAGAAAAAACCAUUGAAUCCCAUGGCAACUCUGUUGUCCAUGCAAGUGCACCACUUGUUAAAACUGUUGCCGCUGCACCCAUCAUCGAAACUUAUACACCAGUACACUAUGCACCAGCAGCCAAAAUCGUCUAUGAAGCUCAACCUGCUCUUCUUGCUGAAAAAACCAUCUCCAGCCAUGGACAAAGCAUUGUUCACAACUCUGCCCCUGUCAUCUCCGCUGCUUAUGCUGCACCAGUUACAGUCUGGUAGACAUCCAAUGGAAAUAACUCUCCAAUAGCCCGAUUUAAAUCUGCAAACAACAGCCAUUAAUAGCAAUUUGUCAUCUUUUGUUCAUUAACUUGAUUCAACAGUCUCACAGGUCUCUGAGAGGUUAAUUGAGUUAUAAAUGUGUUUGUUAAAGAACCAGAACUGAUUUAUUCUUUGUUUGUAAAAUAUACAUCAAAACCCUGUUUUUAAUUCAAUAAAAUAAUACACUUUACUGCCUAA